AUGGCAGCACACGACACAUCGACCCAACGCACAGAGCGCUUCCGCCAGCUCUACAAUGCAGACAUGACAGCUCUAGAUUCUCAAUCAACGACAGCUCAACUGGUAACCAUAGUCGAUGACAUGGUUUUGGGGGACCAAACCCCCAAAGCCGCGGCCGAACAUGCAGCACAACUGAUUCUGGUUGAGAACGAGCCCGAGAAACCCUACGUCUCACUGCUAGCGAUUCCUCAUCACGCUGCUCUCCAUACCGAGGACGAAAGCGUGCUGAAGAAGCUCGUUGACUUCAUGACAGCACUUGCAAAUCUUCCAGACGCUAUCAACGAGUCCUCGCAGCCCAAGACAGCAACGACUUACAACCCUGAAGUGAAGUCGGGGAUCUUGAGAUUCCAGCCUGGAGAGGCAAUCGUGUUCGAGAAUGGAGCCUUGUGGAGGGACUUGCCGAACUGGUCUAUGAUGAUUACGGAGUCGCAUCAAGGCCCAGAACAAUGGCUCGUCAAACACCGCGGCCAGGACGACGAAGCAACGGCAACACAGAAGUGGAAGACGUUCAAUACGUACCUCGCGUUCUUCGUUGCUAGCCCUGAGGCUCGAGCUACUCUGGCUUUGUCCAAUCUCUCAUGGCUAGGGCUCAAGACUGUGGCGAUGAUCCUAGAGAGUUCAGGCGAUGCUUGGAACUUCCAUGAGGAGCUGUGGACGCCUGCUGGGAAGGUGUGGAUGCGAGUUGCGGGUGAGGAGCUCGCCAAAGUCUGUGCAAAGGGGGAUCAGAAGCAUCGUCCCGGUGAGCUGUGGCAGGCGGAGGGAGGUGGAGACGCUUGUGAUGAGCAGAGGUUCGAGUUUUGGAAACAGAGGAUGGCGGAGAAGGGCUGGUGA